ACAUGCGCACUAGGCGUCAUGGCCCAUCUGUAGGGGAUUGUUCUUUGUUGCAAGGCGGUAUUUUGCCUACGUGUAAGCCGGAUAUCAGCCGGUGCAAUCUGUCCACGGCUCUUUUGUACCGUUAUUUCUCACACCAGUCUACGCAGAGUUCUUGCCAUGGACGGGAGGCUGCUGGAAGAGGUGCGAAUCGCCGACGAUAAGGAUUUUCUGGACUUUAAACAGGCGUGUUUGAAUCACGAAGACGGCUGGGAACAGAAGUACAACAAACACGGAACUGUGGUGUACGCCAAACUACAGGAUACGUCUUCUGUCAAACUGUUAAAGGUUUCGGUGACGUUCAAGAAAGUUUGUGCAGCAACUUUGUAUGACGUUCUUCAUGAUCCUGAGUACAGAAAAAUGUGGGACCCAAACAUGAUAGAGGCUUACGAAAUCUGCCAACUCAACCCUAACAAUGAUGUAGGCUACUACUCAUGGAAGUGUCCCGCACCGUUGAAAAACCGUGACUUUGUCACUCUAAGAUCCUGGCUGGAGACUGGGACGGAAUACAUGAUCAUCAACCAUUCUGUCAAUCACCAGAAAGUGCCACCUAAGAAGGGGUUUAUACGAGGCAUCUCCCUGUUGUCGGGAUACUUGAUACGACCCCUGACCUCCGACAGUUGCCAUUUCACAUAUCUGACACAGAUGGACCCAAGAGGAUCCCUGCCAAAGUGGGGGGUGAACAAAGCGACACAAUUCUACGCUCCAAGAAUGAUGCAGAAGAUCAACAAGGCGGCCACAAAGUACCCUGCGUGGAAGGCGCAGCACAAACCGUCGUGGAAACCGUGGCUCUACCCGGAACAGAUCACCGUCCCCAGGGUCAACUACGACGACCUUUCGCCCGUGGUCCUGGCCGCCCUCCCCGACCAAUCAAGCGACAUCAUGGAAGAGAUGGAAGCCCUCGAGGAGGAUUUCAAGGAUGAAAACUUUGUCAAAGAUGAAGACACAGAACCGGCAUAGCCACUAGUUAACUCUCAGUUAGCCUAUGUUCCUUUUUCUGAGAACAACAGCCCUGCCAAGGGCACUGAAAAUUUCCUUAUUUAAGAUUUUAAGACUGAAAAAAAGCAAUGAAACGUGUUUCUGAGAACUCUGGUCAAGUCAUGCUUGAUCUUCCUGUAAGUUUGUAUCUUCUAUACAUAUGGAGUUUCUGCCUCUGAAAAACAACUAGAUAUCUUCCUUUAUGGAUUUUUGAGAACAGUGUUUCCGUAUAUGGUAAUUUUUUG